CAUCGAUUUAAAUGGCAAUCCUGGAAACACUAGUGAGGUCAGAACUGAGCGUGCACGUGACCACAGGCAGUUUGCCUAUAGGACACACAGAGGAGUACAGGAUGCUACAGUCACCCUGCUGUACUGGUUAAACACUUGGAGGAAAUGGGGCUUAUGCUAGACCUUUAAUUGUUAAUUUGUCCUCUGCUUUUAACACAAUACAACCCCAAAUUGGAAUGUGGACAAUCCUACACAUACCUUGAGACAAUUCUAUUGCUUGGGGCCUCAGUAAUCGUAAACCCGCCCCUGAGCAUGAUGGGACCAGACUGUUUGUCUCGGUUAUUUCAAUGUCAUGCCGCUCUGCUGUCACUAGGGAGAGACCUUUCAACUCUCUCUCUCUCUUUCAUCUGUUUAAAGGGCGUCCCGCGGCAGCUCGCACACUCACUGCAGCACUGUCCCGUCACGGGAUGGAUGAACCGGACGCGUCGCGUCAUAAUGGGGCGCUCAUGCACAGGCUCUUCACGGACGCGGAGACCGGACGAGUCACAUACGCGCUGAGUCUGUCGGACAGCUGCCUGACGGUCCAGAGGAUCACCUCUCCCGCUUCAUCAUCCCGGGACACGGAGCGUCUGGACAUGCGUGACUGCCUUGGGAGCCGCGCGCACCGCGGAGAGGACCACGGCGCGUACCUGUGCGCGUAUUUCUACCCGUACCGGCGCCGGUGGAUGGGUUGGGGUCCGGUCCGGCAGAGAGAGGAGCGUCGCUUUUGCCUCGCGCUCGACGCGAAUGAUGAUCACGAUGAUGAUGUGCGCGACUCGAACCUGCGCGAGGCGGAGCGGUGGGCGCGCGCCUUGCAAAACAACAGCGCGCGCUGCACCGGACACGCACACGGUGUGUCCUUCUCAGAGGUACGUCAUUCAUGUGGCGUGAUGGUAUUGGUCAAUCCUCAAAGUGGGCGGGGCCAAGCAAUGGCGCUAUACAAUGGGCACAUUCAACGCAUGCUAACCGAGGCAGAUAUACCUCAUACACUCGUCAUAACAGAACGUCAGAAUCACGCUCGGGAUCUUGUGAGGAGUGCCGACCUGACGCAGUGGAGCGCUGUAGUUAUUCUCUCUGGAGACGGACUGCUCUUUGAGGUGAUUAACGGUCUAAUGGACAGAGAGGAUUGGGAAAAGGCCAUUCAAACUCCAGUGGGAAUUCUGCCCGGAGGUUCAGGGAAUGCGCUGGCUGCAUCUGUACAUCACUACACACGGGCGUCUCCAGUGUGGGGUGAAGAUCUGUUGCUCAGCUGUGGGUUUGUACUCUGUAAGGGUCUGACCUCCAAACUGGACCUCAUCUCCAUCCAAUUGUCCUCUGGCCGUCGUCUGUUCUCCUUCCUUGCAAUCGCCUGGGGCUUCAUAGCCGAUGUAGACAUCGGCGAGCAGUUCCGACUUAUAGGAGCGUAUCGCUUUUUACUGAGCACGCUGGUCCGAAUCACCUCGCUACGGAUCUACCAGGGCAAACUGGCAUACCUCCCUUUUGAAGAGGAGUCGGAAUCUAAGGCUGCGUCUUCUACUACCCCUGGUUCCUCAUCGAAAACACAACAGACUCUUGAUAAUCAAACGCCUAACAACUGCACUGAGUGUAGUAAUGCUGAACAAACCUCAACGGACUCGGUUGACCAACUAGUUGACCAUCUUCUCGUACCCCUGGACCAGCCCGUCCCUCAAGAUUGGACGGUUGUUGAAGAGCAAGACUUCGUCCUGGUAAUAGCGAUGUUCCAGUCGCACCUGGGCGAGGAUCUGCUGGCGGCUCCGGACGCUUGUGCGGACGACGGAUUGAUUCACCUGUUCUACGUGACGGCCGGUAUCUCUCGCCCGACUUUGCUCAGACUGUUCCGGGCCAUGCAGAACGGCACACACCUGGACUGUGGCUGCCCGCACUUGGUGUACCGGCGGGCGAGAGCUCUGAGACUGGAGCCGUUGACCCGGUCGGGCGUCAUCACAGUGGACGGAGAACAGGUGGAAUAUGGGCCCAUACAAGCACAGGUGCACAGAGGAGUGGCCAGACUCAUUGCUGGAUGACCUUUGACCUUAUAGCACAGUUUACAGCUCAACCUCAUUUGAGUAACUUAUUUUAAGUGAUUUGUUUUUAAAUACCUUUAAAUGAAGCACUAUAGAACAGCACAAUCUGACGGGUUGGGGUUAAACUUGAAUUCAAUAUGGGUUUUUUAUUAUUAAUUGUACUUGGGUUAAUCUCAUGAAGACAUUAAAUCAACAGAGAAAUUAUACGGUAACAUUUACAAUAAGGUUGUGUUUGUUAACAUGAACUAACAAUUAACAAAC